UUCUGCUGCGACCUUCCAAAAUACUCUCCUCCUUUCACUUCUACCAACCCCAAUCGAAUUCAAACCCCCUACCCCCUCUCUCCCUCCCCAAAGCUUCCUGAGCCACCUCGCCUCUUUUCGUCCCUCUCUCGUCGACUUCACCGCUCUUUUCCUCUCCCAUGGCGUCGAUAUCGGGCCUUUGCUCGUCGUCCUCGGCUUUCAAGAAGCCGGAGAAAUUCGCUCUCAAGAGCGGACCUUAUUCGUCGCUCGGAAGAGAGUCGAUUCCCUUCUCGAACCGCUCCAAGGUGUCCCAGCGGUGUUCGGCGCAGUCGGUGGUCCUGGCGAGUUCGUUUCCCAAGGGGAAGGGCCGCGGAGGGUUGGAGAAGGAUCCCAGGGAUUUGUGGCGGAGAUACGUCGACUGGCUGUAUCAGCACAAGGAGCUCGGCUUGUUCCUGGACGUGAGCCGGAUCGGCUUCACGGACGAGUUCGUGGAGGAGAUGGAGCCGAGGUUUCAGGCGGCCUUCCGAGCCAUGGGCGAGCUCGAGAACGGCGCCAUUGCCAAUCCCGACGAGAGCCGAAUGGUCGGCCAUUACUGGCUCCGGAGUCCUCACCUCGCCCCCACCUCCUUCCUCCGCGUGCAGAUCGAUAAUACCCUUAAAGCUGUUUUGAACUUCGCCCGGGACGUCGUUAGCGGUAAGGUUAAGCCCCCUUCAUCUCCAGAUGGUCGCUUUACACACUUACUUUCUGUUGGAAUUGGAGGUUCUUCUCUUGGACCACAAUUCGUUGCAGAGGCAUUAGCCCCUGAUAAUCCUCCUCUAAAGAUAAGGUUCAUUGACAAUACAGAUCCAGCUGGCAUUGACCAUCAGAUUGCGCAGCUUGGCCCUGAGUUAGCUUCUACGCUUGUAAUAGUGAUAUCAAAGAGUGGAGGUACUCCGGAAACUAGAAAUGGUUUAUUGGAAGUACAGAAGGCUUUCCGAGAAGCUGGUCUGGAAUUUGCAAAACAGGGUGUUGCUGUUACACAAGAGAAUUCAUUGCUGGACAACACUGCAAGAAUUGAGGGUUGGUUAGCUAGAUUCCCAAUGUUUGACUGGGUGGGUGGUAGAACUUCUGAAAUGUCUGCAGUUGGUCUACUUCCAGCAGCUCUUCAGGGAAUUAACAUUGAAGAAAUGCUUGCGGGUGCAGCAUUGAUGGAUGAAGCUACUAGGACAACUGUGGUGAGGAGCAACCCUGCUGCAUUGCUGGCUUUGUGCUGGUAUUGGGCUUCUGAUGGAGUAGGAUCCAAGGAUAUGGUUAUUCUUCCUUACAAGGAUAGCCUGUUAUUAUUCAGUAGGUAUUUACAGCAGCUGGUCAUGGAAUCACUUGGGAAGGAGUUUGACUUGGAUGGCAAUCGGGUGAAUCAAGGACUUACUGUCUAUGGAAAUAAGGGAAGCACUGAUCAGCAUGCCUAUAUCCAACAGCUAAGGGAGGGUGUGCACAACUUCUUUGCGACAUUCAUUGAAGUGCUGCGUGAUAGACCACCUGGCCAUGACUGGGAGCUGGAACCAGGGGUCACAUGUGGUGAUUACUUGUUUGGAAUGCUGCAGGGAACAAGGUCAGCUUUGUAUGCUAACGACCGAGAGUCCGUUACAGUCACUGUACAAGAAGUGACACCUAGAUCAGUUGGGGCACUAGUAGCCCUGUAUGAGAGAGCAGUUGGGAUUUAUGCCUCACUGAUAAACAUUAAUGCUUACCAUCAACCUGGUGUAGAAGCUGGGAAAAAGGCAGCAGGUGAAGUUUUAGCUCUCCAAAAGCGGGUUCUUGCUGUGCUCAAUGAAGCCAGCUGCAAAGAGCCUGUUGAACCAUUAACCCUUGACGAAGUAGCUGAACGCUGCCAUGCUCCUGAAGACAUUGAGAUAAUUUUCAAGAUUAUCGAGCACAUGGCUGCCAAUGACAGAGCACUUAUCGUUGAAGGUAGCUGUGGUUCUCCUCGCAGCAUCAAAGCUUUCCUUGGGGAGUGCAACGUCGGCGAAAUGUUCUCGUAAGAUGGACUUGCGCCGCAUCACCACUAUGUUUCAUGUAAUUUGCCUGUAUUUCAACAGAUAAAAGAGGCUCCAUCCCCCGGUUUAAGCAGUCAGCUUUGAUCAUUUGUUUUGGAUCGAGGACAAUUUGUUUUGGAAUAAUCUGGACAUGAGAGAUCCCGUGUGGCCGCCGAUCCCACUCUCCAUCAGGGCUUUUGAUAUAUUGUUGCUGUGAAUUAUUGUAAUCGAUCUCACUUAAUGGAAUUAAAGCUUGUGAUUAUUGUUCUUGUUGAUGAUGCUUUAUUCAGAGUAACAGAGUUUUUACUUUGAGAAUGAUUA